UCUUGUCAAACAUGGCUGCGUCCCUGAAAGCACCGUCGUGACCAGCUCAGGGUUUGACAGCAACUUUCAACGAAAUCUCUGUGCACCAUUGGCUUUUUCCACUAGACUUACUUCCAUUCAUGUACACCUACCGAAGGUGUAGUUAACACGACACACUGCUGGCUUGACCCGAGCUGGAGUUGGACUGCCUCGUUUAGGCCUACCUGCUCAACCCCAGACUCUUCAGAUCAUGAGUCUUCACAGAAUAUCCUUGAGGUUACGACGUGUGGCAACUCAGGCUCGGCAGCUGCAUGUCAGUGGUGGUGGGCAUCAGCAGCUGGAGGCGGUUGCUGUAGAAACAAGUCCAGCAGCGGCCAGAGAGCUUUCCUUCUUCAGGACUACAGAGACAGACCCGGCCUGCCAUGGAGAGGUGCACUUGGGUCAGUACUACACACUACCGCCCGCUCACCUGCGCAACGCCUUCCCCCACGGCCUCCCCUACCGCUUCCAACUCCAGAUGAAGACGUUUAAUGAGAGCUGUGUGAUGGUGAGGCAGCCGGCUCUGGACAUCAUCUCUCACCUGAAGAAGACCGAUUUCACCAAACCCGCCAUACGCUACCUGCUCUAUGGAUUGGGUGGUAGUGGGAAGACCAUGUCGCUCUGUCACUCAGUCCAUUACUGUUAUACACAGGGAUGGCUGAUACUACACAUACCUGACGCCCACCUUUGGGUGAAGAACUGCAAAGAGCUGCUCCCCUCCUCCUCCCGCCCCACACGCUUCGAUCAGCCCGUCGAGGCCUCCCAUUGGUUGAAGAAUUUCAAAACCACAAAUGAGGCCUUCCUGCCAAAGCUGAAGACCACUCAGCGGUACGUGUGGACUAAGAGGGAGAGCACAGAGGAGGGCUCUACGCUAGCGGAGCUGGUGGAACAGGGUCUGACGCGUGUGCGGAGCAGCAGUGAUGUGGUGGGGGCCUUGCUGAGGGAGCUGCGUAUGCAGGCAGGGGCUUCGCUAGAGGAGGAGGAGGAGGGGCAGGGUGGGGCGCUGAAGGUGGCCGUGGUGGUGGACGGAAUCAACGCACUGUGGGGACGCACCACACUCAAAAAGGAGGACAGGAGUGCCUUGGUUCCAGAGGAGUUGACUUUAAUCCACAACCUGAGGAAGAUGGUGAAGAAUGAUUGGCGUGGGGGUGCCAUCAUCUCCUCUCUGUCCCAGACCGGUGCCCUCUACUCUCCCAAACACCACUACCUGCCCCAGGAGCUAUUGGGAGAGGAGGGCUUUGACAGCAUGGAUCCUUUUGUGCCCGUGCCCGUCUCCAAUUACUCCGAGAAGGAAUUUGAGAGUUGCUACCUGUACUACACAGACCGCAACUGGCUGCAGCAUCCACACAGUCGCACGGAGGAGGGCAAGCGAGAGCUCGUCUUCCUCAGCAACAGGAACCCCACCGUCUUUGAGAGGCUGUGCGCUUCGCUGUAACGCCCCGCUGUAACGCCCCGCUGUAAACCUGUCUCUUCAAGAUUCUCUGUAUCUCUCUCUGUAACGUCCAGCGUCUUACACAAGCUUCGACUCUAGCCAGUGGGUUGUGUGUAAAAAAGAAGACGAUGUACGUCAUAACAAAGUACACCAGUGUUACUGCCCUACUGUCUGCACAGAUGUCAUGAGAACUCAUUAGAUCUAGCAGAUCCCUCCAGCAGAUCGCACCAUGUCUCCCUCAUGUCACUCGGUCUGGCUGCAGCAGUCUGAGGGGACUGUGCCCACCCUCAGCACUCGUCAUAAUGCCUGGCUGGUGUGUUCUGUAUAUUGUAUUGCAUCAUUUUUCAUAUUAAAAUACUUUUGGAAAAGUAA